GGUGCUUGGGUGGGUAACGGCAACGUUCUAUCAAUGUCUCUGGGUUCAACAUACUGUAGUAGCCGCUUACAUGUCGUCCUACUGCUGUGUACCUGGCUGCAAAUCUUACAAAAAGAACGAAACGGGGAGAAAUAAAAGUUUCCACCGAUUCCCCGUAUCUCAUCACACCCGUCGGGCAUGGAUAGCCAAAAUCAAAAGAGACAUUGGACCUCAUUUCCAGAUCACAGAAAACACACGCGUAUGCGGGGAUCAUUUCACCGAGGACUGUUUCAUUAAAACUGGAACUGGGAAAAUGAAGCUGCAGGCAGGGACUGUGCCAACCGUAUUUGCCUGGUCUUCCACCAACACUGGCCGGAGAACAUCGAACAGAUCACGUCUGUGCGAGGCUGUUGAAGUGGGUACGCCUCAAGAUGCUGAUGCCUCAACGUCCAGGUAAUAAAUCCUUAUUUAUCAGCAGGGUGGCUGAUGUAGGCUAAAGUGAUGCAUUCAGUUGAGUGCAGUAGCCCAUGUCAAAAUACAGUAUGUACAUUUAGACAUAAAUCAUUUUU